AUGGAAUGGUCAGAAUGUUCGGCAACAUGCUGGACAGGUACUGGAAAAUAUCCUCAAAUGUAUCGGAAAGUGAAUGAAAGUAGCAUAGUACACGCUCGAAAUGGUGGACAACCGGAAUGUCCACCUAAUCUGCUCAAUUAUAUCGAUGAAGCACCAUGCAACACUUACAGAUGUCCAACAUCUCUCGCAUCUUAUGCAUACGGUAAACAAUGCUAUUACAAUGAUGCCACCUUGAAAAACAAGAGUGGAUGCUAUCAAAUUCGAAAUGUGCCAUUAGAUGAUCGACUGAUAUUAAUAGAUGCGAAUUUAACGAAGCCUUGCGAUUGUCCUGCUGUAAUUUACUGA